AUGUUUUUAAAAAAUACUGAGACGCUUCCACUGCGUAGUUAUUCUAAUGAACCACGUAGAUUAACCUGGUUGAAUACGGCGAUUAGAUGGUUACUGGGGGCUACGAUUGGUGCCUUUAUUCUCGGCGCUGUAUUCAAAACCCAUGUAACUGUUCCAAAUCUACUCAAACCCAAAGUCAGUAGACAGGAUAUUCUCCAAGGCGGCAUCGCUCAGUACUCCCCUCAAUACGACGUGGACUGGGGCGUACCUGAUCAAUUACCUCAAUCUUGUACCAUUGAUAUGGUUACUAUUCUUGAACGUCACGGCGCUCGCUUCCCCGAUCACAAACCUCGUAAUGAAAUGGUUGCAACUAUCGAUAAACUGCAUAACGCUAAAAGACCUGCAAAGCACUCCAAAUUAAACUUUGUUAGCCAUUAUGAUAUCAGACAAACCCUCGGUGAGGAAGACCUCGUUUGGAUGGGUCGUCAACAAGCCUAUAACUCUGGAAAGCGCUUCUUUGAUCAGUACAAAGAUCUUAUUGACAAUUCUUUCCCUCCUUUCUAUCGCGCACCAAGCUCACCUCGUGUCAUUGAGAGUGCUCAGCUCUUCCAAUUGGGUUUCAACGACGAUCCUAUUUGGAAGGCUUACGACGAUCUUGAUGUCAUCUUACCAGAAGGUAAAGCACAUAACAAUACACUGGAUAUCUCAAAUUGCCCACUCGCUUCAAACCAUUCGACUACUAUCGGUGAUGAUGUUUCUGAUGUCUAUGCUUCUCUGUGGACUCCUCACUGGGCCAAGUGGUGGAAUGACAACUUUCCAGGUGCAAAACUUGAACACAAAGACAUUGUCAAUCUCUUCCACACCUGUGCCUUUGACACUGUCGUCAACAAUGGCUACAUCAGUGAAUGGUGCAAAAUGUAUAGCCUAGAAGAUUUUCAUCACUACUCCUACUACUUGAUCUUGCAAAAGUACUACGAUUCGAGCUAUGGUCAUCCACUUGGAAGGGCUCGAGGUAUUGGAUAUGUCAACGAGCUCAUUUCGAGACUGACAGGUGAACCUGUGGUCGAUUCAACCUCAACAAAUCAGACUUUGGACGCAGAUCCAGCGACAUUCCCAAUACCACCAAAAGAUAGGAAUCAAAUGGGUCAUAAAGUCUUUGUCGAUUUCAGCCACGACAGCUCAAUGGUGAACAUAAUCUCAGCAUUGGGACUAGCAAAGCCACCUGGACUUAGGCACUUGCCCUUCCUGAUAGACAGAAGAGAACCAACACCAAAUUACCUAUUUGAUAUAUCCAAGUACACACCAUUCUCGGGUAGAAUCACGUUUGAGAAGAUACAUUGUGGUGAAUCGAUUGGUGAGUACGACGCAGAGGAGGACUACGUACGCAUCAAGAUGAAUGAAGGUGUUUAUCCGCUCAAAUUUUCCAAUUGCGGUCCUCUCGGCCAGGAGAAGGGCUUGUGUCGGCUGUCUGAUUUCAUCGAGUCGCAGAGGUGGAGCAUGGAGGGAGGAAACUGGUAUGAGUGCUACGAGGACUAA